AUGAAUCCUAACUAUCAAAUGGGAAAUGCUCUACCACCAAACAAAUGUGACAUUGAGUUACUCGGAGAAAAAGGUGUCUAUCUCAAUGAGGGUGAAAUUCAUCAGAAAGCUAAUUACCAACUCGCACCUGCGUUAGUGUACGGGUUCAGCUUUGCGUUAAAGGAAUGGGGUCAAUUCGAGGUUUUGAAAUUUUCGGAGAUUAGUUUUGACAAGGAGGCGUUCAGUCAACUGGUGAUGUCCGAUGAUAGAAAAGAAAUCCUUGAGGGGUUAGUGAGACAGUAUUACGUACCCACAGAGUUGUCCAAUGGAGGUGUAGUGACUUCAUACACAAAACCUCUCGAUUCCAUCACCAAUAAAGGCAAUGGCUGUAUCUUUCUAUGCUAUGGGCCACCUGGAACUGGGAAAACAUUAACGGCUGAAAGUGUAGCCGAAUUUCUCAAAAGGCCAUUAUGGAUGCUCAGCGUACACGAACUUGGGAUGGAACCUGCCGAACUGGAUCAGCAAUUGGUCAAACUUCUAGAUAUAUCAUAUACGUGGAAGGCAGUCCUCCUACUUGAUGAAGCUGAUAUUUACCUUGAAAAACGUAACACAACUGAUAUAAAACGUAACGCGAUGGUUGGUGUAUUUUUACGUCGAUUGGAAUAUUAUCGAGAUGAUUUUACUGAAUAUGAUUUGAACGGUCGUGAAAUCCGCAAUGUCCUUCAAACCGCGCAAGCGUUGGCCAAGAGUCAAGGACAAAACUUUACCGUAGGCCAUGUUAUCAAAGUCAUCAAGACUGUCCAGGGAUUCCAAAAAGAAAUGGAUGAAAUCAGAAGAAUAGAAAUGGCGAAUUAG